CUCAGCAGCUCCGCAAGAUGUAGUUGUCUGGCGCGCUACACAUCGUUUCUGCGUCCGCGCAGAACACUUGUAUUCAGUACGAAAGUUGUCGCUGGUAGAUUAAGGUCGCACACACAAACAUAAACAAAUCGCCUAACCUGAGUAAAUUUUUCGUUUGCCACAUAAUUUGUGUUUUCAAGACUACAGUUGAUAAUAAAAAGGACUGUUGAAUUUAUUUUCCUCUUCAAUAAUCCGAGACGUUACAUAAGCAUGUUUCGAAAUUUCAAGAGGAAGACUGAGAAGGGCAAAGCGCCGCCUGACGUACUUUUAAGAGCUGCUAGAUUAGUGAGAUUAGGAUCUUCAAUAAGAAAAGCGGCAGCUGACUUCAAUGUAAAUUACCGUACUUUAACAAGAUACUGUAAGAAACUUCCAGAGUCUGAAUUACUUGAUGAUCGAGUUGUUGCGCCAUCAAUUUCAGUUGGCUACAUCAAAAAUCAUUUAGUAUUUGAGCCUGAACUUGAAAAUCAUCUAGUGGAAUAUGUACUCACAGCACCUGAUAUUUAUUUUGGAUUAUCACCCAAGGAAGUACGUGGACUGGCAUAUGAAUUUGCUAAUGCUAAUUCCUUGAAAAUGCCGGAAAAUUGGAAGCUCCAUAAAAUAGCUGGUCCUGACUGGUUUAGUGCGUUUCUAAAACGUCAUCCUGUACUGUCUAUUCGCAAACCGGAAGCAACUAGUUUAGCAAGAGCCAGUAGUUUCAAUAAAACGAACGUCAACGCAUUUUUUGAUAAUUUAGCUUCAGUUAUGGAAAAACAUAAACUUGAGCCUCACGAGAUCUGGAACAUGGACGAAACUGGGAUUACAACUGUCCAACGACCAGACGGCGUUAUUGUCAGAAGAGGAUACAAACAGGUUGGUUCGAUAGUUUCAUCAGAAAGAGGAACUCUUGUUACUUUAGCAAGUGCAGUAUCAGCUAUUGGAAAUUCCAUACCUCCUUUUUUCAUUUUUCCACGGGUACAUUUCAAACCACAUUUCUUAAAUUCGGCUCCUCCUGGCUCACAAGGUUCUGCAAACCCAUCAGGUUAGAUGAAAGGG